CAGCCAGCAGGCGCGUUGCCGACGCUCCCUGGCGGGAUGGGGCUGCCCGGGAUGCUUGGCCAGUUCCCGUGCCAGCCCUCUCGAAAUCGACCCAGGCGCCCCCUGCAAGCCAAGCGGGGCUCUUCUGUCACUAAGCCAUUUAUAUUUAUUUAUUUAUAAUGUGUAUAUCGCACUUUUUCUUGCAACAAUCUCAAAGAGGCUUGCAUCAUCCUCCUGCUGCUUUCCAUCGUAUCCCCACAACGACGACCCUGCGAGGCUUUCAGAAUUUCACCAUGGAUAAACUGGCUCUUGCAAACACUCAUUUUGGCCUGGAUCUCUUCCAGCAGUUGAAUACAGCCAAGCCAACAGGCAAUAUCUUCUUCUCUCCUUUUAGCAUAUCCACUGCUCUUUCUAUGGUCUACUUAGGGACCAAAGGUAACACAGCCAAACAACUUUCAAAGACAUUUCACUUUGAUGCUGUGGAAGAUCUUCAUUCAAAAUUCCAGGCACUCAGUGCUGAGAUUAACAGGAGUGAUGCGCCCUAUAUCCUGAAGCUUGCCAACAGGUUGUAUGGAGAAAAGACAUAUUCCUUUUUGCAAGACUUCUUGACAAACACUAAGAAGCUGUAUGGAGCUGAGUCAUCCACAGUGGAUUUCCAAAAUGCUUCAAACAGUGUGCGAAAGCAAAUCAACGAGUGGGUUAACAAACAGACUGAGGGUAAAAUCCAGGAGUUGUUAUCAGAAGGUUCAGUUAAUGAGCUGACCAAACUGGUUCUGGUCAAUGCCAUUUACUUUAAAGGCAGCUGGGAAGAGAAAUUUCCAGAGGAGGACACUCAGGAAUUGCCUUUUAGACUCAAUAAGAAGGAAAAGAAGAAUGUGAAAAUGAUGUUUAUGAAAAAGAAGUUCCCUCUUGGAUACAUCCCUGAAUGCAAGUGCCACGUUUUGGAACUUCCUUACAAGGGAAAAGAAGUUAGCAUGAUAAUCCUCCUGCCAGAGGAUAUUGAGGAUGACUCCACUGGCCUGGAACAGUUGGAGAAGCAGCUAACCUUGGGAAAGCUCCAAGAAUGGACACUUCCAGAGAAGAUGUAUUCCAGUUCGGAUGUUUAUGUGCAUCUGCCUAAAUUUAAGUUGGAAGAGAGCUAUAAUCUUAAAUCUGAUCUAGCUGCACUGGGACUGCUGGAUGUCUUUGAUGAAGGCAAGGCUGACUUGUCUGGAAUGUCUGGGGCCCGGGACCUCCAUAUGUCCCAAAUUGUUCACAAGUCAUUCAUAGAAGUGAAUGAGGAAGGCACAGAAGCAGCAGCAGCAACAGCAGGUAUAGCAAUGUUUUGCUCAAUGCCUAUCGAAGAGGAGUUCAAUGCUGACCACCCCUUCCUAUUUUUUAUCCGCCAUAACCCAACCAAAAGCAUACUUUUCCUCGGUCGAUUUGCUUCUCCUUGAAAAGUAGAGUGAAUCACAGAACCAUGGGGCUAGCCCUUCACAGCCUCUCCCAUCAAAUACUUGCUCGGGUCUUGCUUCUUUCCCUGCUUGGGUGGCAAUAAGACUGGGUCCUGGGGCAGGAAGUUUUCAAGAUGCUUAUACUUAAAAGCGUGAUUUCAUUUGCUCUUUCAUUCUCUUGGUUUUUAUUUUUUGGUUUUUGUUUUUGCUGAAUAUAUUGGGACUUUUUUAACAUUGAUAGGGAUGAAAGGAUGAUUUGAAACAAGGAAACAGGAAGAGUAAAAAUGUAACAAAGAAAAUUCUUUAGUCAUAGGAAGGGUGGGGGGCUGGGAUAACAGGAGGGAAUUAGUCACGUAGACCCUUGCUCAAUAAUCUCAUGACUAUUAACAAACACACCCUUCAUAGGAAAUAAGUUCAUUAUAAUUCACCUGGGAGGGACCAAGUGGAAGGGAAGAACAGGUAGCAGAGUGGCACAGGAUAGGUGGACGGAAAAGAUUUGUAACCUCCCAGUACCCUGGCCAAUGGGGGAAAAAGAGGAGGGAGAAGCAGCCGGGGACAGGGCAUAAAAACGGGAUGUGAACAUGUGUUUGGCCAGCUGGCAAGGGGAAGGAAACUCUCCACUCCCUUUAUUGCAAUAAAGUUUCAAAAAGAA